AGUUGGGAUCCGUUUAGGAAGCGAGCCAGCGCCCCGCGUAGAAUUUUGGAGUGGGUGGUGGUGCUGCUGAUGCAGAAGAAGAAGAAGGAGCUCUCUCCUCUCGCAAUGGAACUCGUGCAAAAAUUCAUUACACGCGCUCUCUCCCCUCUUCCGUGAGCCCUCUCCUUCCUUCCCUUCCACCCAUUUCCAUAGGAUCCCAAGCAGCUCGAGUUGACUCGAGCUAACCCUCCCCUCCAAUCUCGCCGUCGUCCCAAGGGACAAGAAGCUCCGACGCUCGAAAGUUCACACCAGGUUUUUCCGGCUCCUGAUUAUCGGUUUUACCCUUCUUUUUGGUCUUUUUUCCCGGCUCUCCUUUCGUUAAAGACGCCGAUUGUUGUCGGAAUCGGUUUUGUCUCCGGAGUCAGAAUCGCUGUGGCCUCAAAGGUGAGCCCUUUUGGCCAGGGUCGUCGUCGGUUCCUGAGUUUUCGGUUUGCGCGGGUUCGGCAUUCAUGGGAUUGGGAAGUGCGAUCUGGGUUCUCGAUUUGCGGUGGAGAUAAGCUGUUCUCUGAGAUGGGUUGUUCUGUAUAGGUGAUAAAGGUGCAAUUUUUCCAUCUGGGUUUGCUGAGUUUGGGAUGGGGAAAGACCUAUCGAAUCUGGGUUUUGGGGCUGAUUUCGAUAAAUUUGAAAUCUUGUCGUCUGAAUAAUUGUACUCUCCAAUAAUUCGGCGCUUUUCUUUUUUAGCUGGAUUUUGACGUGUUAUGUAUAGAGAGAGAGUUCUUCAUCAGAAGUAACUCAAACCCUAAAUUAAAAGGGUUGUGAUGGCGGAGGAGACAUCUGGUGUGAUGAACCUCGAUUUGAAUUUGGGUCCUAUCCCCGAGCCAGGGUCAGGAUCUGUACCUGUUGAAGCUGUGAAUUUGGAAGAUUGGAUUGGAGAGCCUCUUCGUGGGCACAGGGAAGCUGCUCGGUUAAGGGGUUGGCCGCGGUGGAGAUGGCGACAUGCGGCUCAGGAGCAUAACAUUUCAAUGGAGUUUAGUGAAUUGAUAGAUAAUUCUGUUGAUGGGACUUCACUGCAAGCAGGUGAAGGUAGUGUCACUGCCGAGGAGAGAGCGAGUGAUGUUCCCAAAGUUUGUGAAAAUAAUACCAACUUCUUAGAAGACGGAGCGACAGAUAAGGACAAUCUUUCAAAGAAUAACGGGACUGAUGGGGGUUUCUUCGAUUGCAACAUAUGCUUGGAGUUGGCUAGAGACCCUGUUGUUACUUGUUGUGGUCACUUGUUCUGCUGGCCAUGCCUUUAUCGAUGGUUACAACAUCAUGAGGAUAUCAAGGAAUGUCCGGUUUGCAAAGGAGAAGUCACAUGUAAGAACGUGACACCUAUAUAUGGCCGUGGGAACAACAUUCAUGAGCCUGAGGAAGAUCCAAGUCUUAAAAUUCCUGUUAGGCCCCAUGCACGUCGUGUUGAGAGUUUGAGGCAAACCAUCCAUAGAAAUGUUCUCAAUUUCCCUAUGGAAGAGAUGAUCCGACGCCUUGGAAGUAGAUAUGAUUUGACUAGAGAUCUUUUUAAUCUACGAGACUCUGAUGGUACUCGUGAAACAGGUGGGAGGACCGCUUCCUUGAUAGACAGGUUUCUAACUUCUCGGAGGAUGCGCAGGGAGCAAAACACAGUCGUUCCUCCAGAUGAUAUAGUUGACUUAACACAAAAUGAGACCACAAGCCAUGAGAGUGGUGAAAGCCGCCGGUUGCACUCACGUUUACUUAGAAGAUCUCAAUCUAGAAAUGCAGAAAUUUCUUCUCUUACGACUCCACUUGGUUCAGCUUCAGCCUUAGUGGAAUAUUUGCGCAGUCGUAGUAUAGGAAGAAACCAAGAGCAACCUCCUCCGGUUGAUGAUAGAGAUUCUUUCUCAAGCAUUGCUGCUGUUAUAAACUCAGAAAGUCAGGUGGACACUGCUGUGGAGAUUGAUUCCAUGGUCUCUCUUUCAACUUCAACUUCCAGAAGGAGAAAUGAUGUUGCUCGACUUUCAGAUUUGGACAGUGGGGAUUCUCGUGCACCCAGAAGAAGACGACUAAACUGAAGAUAUGCUUACCUUGUUGCAACAGUUUCCUUAAAAGUUUGACUUUGUUUGUACUCCAGAACCAGGAGAUGUUAGUGGAGCUACAAAGUUUGACUGAACCCCGCUCUGAGAUCCUGUAGAUUCUCAUGGAAGUCUAGUACCUGUUGUUAUGUCCGAGGAUUAAAUAUGUAAUCGCUGUUCUUUUGCCGAUCCAAUCAUAAAUUGUUGUUUAUGUCAUGUAUUCUCUGGCUAGAAAGCUACUGGUGUGCCAAUAAGGACCAGUUGACAUCCUAUCAUUAGAUGUAUUACCAUUACCUGCUAAGUUGUGCAAAUAAUGAAUGUUUAGAUCAAGUUUCCUCUC